AUGUCGGACCCUAAGAUCCAGGAGCUCCUCACCAAGGCGCGCUCCGAGUUGACCGAGUACGAAAUCGCCCAGCUCGAGGAGCACGAGUUCUCCGCCGGCCCCCUCUCGAUUCUCCAGACCGCCGUCCGAUCACACACCCAGGUUCUCAUUUCGAUCCGCAACAACAGAAAACUCCUUGCUCGUGUCAAGGCCUUUGACCGUCAUUGCAACAUGGUCCUCGAGAACGUCAAGGAGAUGUGGACAGAGACACCCCGCCUGGCUGAUGGCAAGAAGGGUCGUCCCGUAAACAAGGAUCGCUUUAUCAGCAAGAUGUUCCUGAGAGGUGACAGUGUCAUCCUCGUCUUGCUGAGCUAA